AUGUCUUCAAAUGACAAUCUUCUAUAUUCAUUAAUUCAAAGUAAAAUAGUAUUAAAUAUGAAUUGUAAACUUCUAAUCGGUUUAAUAAAUCUCUUAUUUAAUGGAAUAAUAAUUCGUUAUGUUAAUUUAAAUAUAAUUGGAAUAGCUAAUAUUCGUAUUAAAUUAUAUUAUAGAACAAUAUUAUUUAUUUCAAGAGAAUCUCUUCGUCGUCAUAUACCUAAGAAAACUAAUAUACAUUCAAUAUAUCAUUAUAUUAAUAUAAUAUGGUUAAUUAUUCCUAUUGGAUUAUAUAUUAUGUUAUUUAGUUUUUUCUUAAGAUUAUUUAUUGAAAAAACUAAUAAUGAAAAUAUCUAUCCAUAUUAUAAUCAAGCUUGUUUUAUUUAUUUAUUAUCAUCAUUUAUUGAACUUUUAUCAGAACCAUUUUAUUUAUUAUCUACAAUUACACAAUAUGAUUAUAUUCAGAUUUAUAUUGAAUUAAUUGCUUCAAUUAUAGGAUAUUCUAUUCAAACAAUUCUUAUUAUAAGAAAUGUCGAAUCAUCACUUUUAUAUUAUGGAUAUGGUUAUUUAAUUUAUUCAAUAAUAAUAACAUCAAUUAAUUAUAUUUAUUUUAUAAUUAAACGAAAAGAAGAACGUUAUUAUUUAUAUAUAAUAUCAUCAUUAAAUGAUUUAUUAAUUAAAUUAAUAUAUCCAUUUGUUGAUCAUAAAUUUUUAAAUAAAACAAUAAAUUAUUUAAAACAAGAUAUUAUUAGGAAUAUAUUAAUAGAUGGUCAUUUAUAUAUAAUAACAAUAUUUUCUUUAAUAUCAUAUGAAGAACAAGCAAUUAUCUAUAUUAUUUAUUUAUUUGAUUCUUUUUUUCCAUCUUUACUUUUUUCAACAAUUCAACAAAUAUCUUUUCAUUAUUUUCAAUAUUUAUUUUUAACAACAAAAUUAAAUCGAACUAUUAUUAAAAACAAUCAAUUUAUUCAAGAUGAUGAUCACAUUUUACUAAAUCAAAGAGAAGACAAUAUAUCAUAUUAUCAAUAUAAUCGACAACCAUCAAAACCUAACGAUGAACGAACAAUAAAAUUAAAUGCAAUAACAUUAUUGAAUAAUUUAAUUCGUUUAAUAUUGUUAAUAUCAUUAUUAUUAAUUAUAUUUAUUAUACCUUAUUCAUCAUCAAUAAUAAAUAUAUAUAUUGGAUCAAAUUUAUCAAUUAAUUCAAAUAUAAAAAUCUUUUUUUGUUUAUAUUUAAUUAAAAUAUUAUUAAAUGGUAUUAAUGGAAUAAAUGAAUCAUUUAUUCAAUCAAUUAUUUCAAUUAAACAAUUAAAUAAUAAUAAUUUAUUAUUUUAUUAUUCUAUUAUCUAUUUAAUAUUAUGUUAUUUAUUUACUAAAUUCUUUGGUAUUAAUGGUAUUAUUAUAAUUAAUUGUUUAAAUAUAUUAGGAAGAAUAAUUCUAAAUAAUAAUAUAAUAAAUAAAUAUUUUAUUCGAAAUUCAUGGUCAAAAUCAUAUUUAUUUUCAUCCCAUUAUAUAAUAUUAUUAUUAAUGUCAUUAAUAAUAUGUUAUUUAAGUAAAUAUUUAAUUGAAAAUUGUUUCGGACAAUUUAUUUUUUUUAUUGGUUUUAUUUUAACAAUUAUUUGUUUAACAUUAAUUGAAGAAAAACAAAUCAUUCAUUAUAUUUAUUGUAUUUUGAAAUUAAAUUAUAAUAAUAAUAAAUUUUUAUUUUUAAAUCAAUAA